AUGUCAAAGCACCAUCCCGAUUUGAUUAUGUGCAGGCGUCAGCCUGGCAUCGCUAUCGGCCGUCUAUGUGAGAAAUGCGACGGGAAAUGCCCGGUCUGUGAUUCUUACGUCCGACCAGAGACCCUCGUGCGCAUCUGCGACGAAUGCAACUUCGGCACCUACGGCGGGCGCUGCAUCAUCUGCGGCUCGCCCGGAAUUUCUGACGCUUACUACUGCGCCGAGUGUACGAGGUUAGAGAAAGAUCGAGAUGGCUGUCCGAAGAUCGUGAAUCUGGGAGCCAGUCGGACGGAUUUGUUCUAUGAGCGGCGUCGUCUCGGGUUUAAGAAGGGUUAGAUGAUGCGUUCGGUUCUGUAUUAGUAUGUGUAUGUUGCUACAUGCUACAAUGCUGCGAUGAUCCAGAAAAGCUACACAGCGAAAACAAUGCGGGUAGAGAUGAGCAUAUAGAUGGAUCGUAAAUCUCAUGAACGAUAGAUAGGAUAAGGUAUGAUAGGACGGGGUGUUCCGCCCCCGCUAUCCACGAACUCGGCAUCUCGCUUAAAGAACCGUAAGUCGACCGGAGCUUUGAGGACAAGAAAGACAUGCGUGUUAUCGUGCGUGUCCAUGGCCUCGCAGUCACUGCACAAAUCCUUGGGGCAGAACCCGCAGUGGAACCAUUCACCCCGGAUUCGGGUCAUGCAACGGUCACACCAGGUGUGGGUAUGUAGCACAGAGUCGAGAUAGUCUUUCGGAUGACUAUUGCGAG